UCCUCCUGCUUCCGCCCGGCUGUGGCUAUGGUUCGGCGCCGUGGUCCUAGCGCACGGCUGCUUGCUGCUUCGCCGCGCCUCUGCACCGCGCCUGCUCUUAUCAGCCAGCCGUUAGCUUUGAGCCGCGAUGCUUUCUGCGACCAGUUGUUCCCAUGAGUGCGUGGCGGGAGCCAUAUGAUCUUAUCAACACGUUUGAGAGCCCUACCCAAACACUGAGAGAGAUUGUGCUGCAGCAAUGACUGUCAUAGAAGAGAGUCGCCCUUUUGCCCAGCAGCUAUCCAAUGUCUACUUUACUAUACUUUGCCUUUUUUGUUUUAAACUUUUUGUGAAGAUCAGCCUUGCUAUACUUAGUCAUUUCUACAUUGUGAAAGGAAACCGUAAGGAAGCAGCAAGGAUAGCUGGUGAAUUUUAUGGAGUUCCUCAAGGACAAGGUUCUUGGGCAGAUCGCUCACCUCUGCACGAGGCAGCCAGUCAAGGACGUCUCCUUUCUCUAAAGACUCUAUUGUCACAGGGUUACAAUGUAGACACACUAACAAUUGACCAGGUAACUCCACUUCAUGAAGCCUGCCUGGGAGAUCAUGUAGGAUGUGCAAGAAUUCUUCUUGAAGCAGGAGCAAAUGUGAAUGCUACAACAAUUGAUGGAGUCACACCUUUAUUUAAUGCCUGUUCAAGAGGUAGUGCCGCAUGUGCUGAGCUCCUGUUAGAAUAUGGUGCCAAAGCUCAGUGGGAGACCUGUCUUCCCUCCCCAACUCAUGAAGCAGCCAGCAGAGGUCACAGUGAAUGUCUGGAAGUACUGAUAUCCUGGGGCAUAGAUGUUGACCAUGAUCUUCCUCAUUUGGGAACACCUCUGUAUGCAGCAUGUGUUUCACAGCAGAUCCAUUGUAUUCGAAAGCUUCUUUAUGCAGGUGCCAAUGUCCAGAAAGGAAAGUAUCUAGAAACUCCUCUCCACGCUGCUGCCCAGCAUUCUAGUGCAGAGAUCGUAAACUUACUUCUUGAGUUUGGGGCAGAUAUAAAUGCCAAAAAUACAGAUUUUGAGAGGCCUGUUGAUUUAGCCGCUCCAAGCAGUUCAGUAGAGAGACUGCUGCUCCUCCAUGAAGCCACACCAUCUUCUCUUUGUCAGCUCUGCCGACUAUGUAUCAGAAAUUACAUAGGAAGAGCUAGGCUGCAUCUUGUCCCACAACUCCAGCUGCCAACGAUACUGAAGAAUUUCUUACAGUAUAGAUAACACAAAGUAAUUAACCUUCAGAAACUUGAAUAGCAACUACUUUUUUCUUCUUUCUGUUUAUUGUAUGUUUAUCUAAAGAACUGCUGGGCGGGAAAAAAAAAAGCCUUUUGCCUAUUAAGUUUUUGACACUUGAUGUUGAUAUAUAAUAAUAAUAGAAAGCCAUUCAGCAACUGGUACCAAGGUUCCAAUGAGGCUGGAUAGAAUGGGAAAUGAUUGUAUAGCUUUAGCAUAACACUUACUAAAUAGCUUUACUGCUGUUAAUUGUAUUUAUACUUCUAAAAUCUGUUUGACACACCUGAACCACAGAGUGUUUCUUUGUUAACUUUGUCCAUUUGAAGUCAUUAUGUGUUUUUAAAUUUCUGUUGUUGGUGUACCUAAAAAGAUGUGGUAAUAGGUACACUAUAGACAUUAUUAAAAAUAAAAUAACUAAAUAUCAA